AUGCCCACUGUUAGCGUGAGUAAGGAUGCCUUCCUCAAGGGCAUCCAGCACGAGUCUAUGACAGACGAGCAGGUUGACCAUCUGCUAUUCGAUUUCGGUUUGGAAUUGGACGAGGUGACGUCAGAGAAGAUACAGAUCGAGAAAGAGAAGGGAAAAGAGGCCGCUGCUGCAUCUGGGGCCUCAGAGGAAGUACUAUAUAAGAUUGAUGUGCCUGCUAAUCG